AUGGACCUGGUCAUUACUGAGGAGCUGGCCCGCGCCGAGAGCCAGCAGGAUGCCGCCUCCCUGAAGCGGGCGUACGAGCUGAUCAAGGCCGCCAACCUGGGGAAGUCCGAGUUUGACCCCACCGAGAGCUUCAGCCCCGACCUGUUCGUGCUGUGCGCCGAGCAGGCCCUGAAGAUGGGGCAGCCGGAGGUGAGCGAGGACUGCAUCCAGAUGUACUUCAAGGCGAAGGGGCCGGUCACCCAGUUUCUGGGCCGAGCGCACCUGUGCAGGGCCCAGCUGUGUGCCCCCAAGUCCACCGAAAAUCUGGAGGAGUUUGAAAAUUGUGUGACUCAGUACAUGAAAGUGAUCAACUUCGCCAAAGGAGAAUCUAGGUAUUACUUCUUGGUCUAUAACGCCUCGGUCCUCUACUGGCAAAUGGUGAGGCCCUUUCUCAAGCCCGGGUAUUACCAGUUCCUGAUCUCCAGCCUCUCCCAGAUCGUGAGCGUGUUAAACCAGACCGAGGAGGAGGACAAGGACUGGCAGGCGGAGCUGAUGCUGGAGCUUCUGGAGUGCUACCUGCAGGCUGGAAGGAGAGAGGAGGCCGAGAAGUUCUGCACCACGGCCGCGCCCUUCAUAAAGGAGCAUGCGCCGCACCGGUACCAGCAGCUGUUCUCUGUGAUGGUGCGCCAUGAACUGAUGGACGAGACUCAUCUAAAGGAAGAAACGGAAAGCUCUGCCAGCCUAGCCAUCAUCUUCCACAUCAACCUGCUGACACAGAAACUGGAUAAAAAUGAAUUACCCGAAGAUGCCAACAACAUUCUGAAGAGGACCUACAAGCAGUUAGACGCCUAUAACCACCAGAGCCCGCCUUCGCCGGAGGAGGAAAAACUCGCGUUGCUUUUUGACUUAGCUCAUCUUUCUCUGACCUUGAAGUGCGAGGACAUCGCCGCCAGCUGCCUCUCAGACCUGCAGGGCAUUGACAGCAAAGACCCUGGGAAGCUGAUCGAGAUUGAAUGCUUGGAGUAUGAAUUAGAAGCUUUAAGACUCGAAAGUCAAAUUAAAACCUACGUUCGCGUGGCUGUGGAGACGCAGCUGACGAUCAUACAGAGGCUGGACAUUGCGCUGCAGCGAGCCAUCCGCCUGGGCAGCCCCCAGGUCAUCCACGUGGUGUGCACCGCCCAGUGGAACCUGUGCCUCCCGAUGCUGCAGCACAACCUGCGGCACCACCUGCGCAAGCCGCUCACCAACAUCGCCGAGAUCCUGGAGAAGGUGGACAGCCUCAUGGUCCUGCUCCGCUGCCAAGUGCACAUGGAGAUGGCACGCAUCGAGGAGGACGAGGACCGCCUGGAGCCCGCCCUGGAGCACCUGCAGAAGGCCAUGGGGCUGGACAGCCAGGGCCUCUACCAGGAGAAGCUCAAGAUGGCCUUCAACCGGCUGCGCCUCUGCUCCAUGCUCUACCAGUCCCCCGAGCGCGCCGAGGACAAGGCCAUCAUGGCCAUCGAGCAGGCGAAGAAGGCCAUGCCCAAAGACAGCGUCCGGAAGAAGCGGGCGCUCCUGGUGAACGCCGGCCUGGCCCUGGCCCCUGACACCUUCCAGAUCGUGCUCGACAGCGAGAACGAGACCAAAGUUUCCACCGGGAGGAACAGGGGCCGGUUCACCGCCCUCUACGCCAAGGCGCGGCACCACGUCAUCAGCGUGGAGAAAGUGGCCGGCCACCUGCGGCGCCUGGGGAGCGAGAAUGAGAAGGAAAGGGUGCUGAUCUGGGCAGAGCUGGCCAAGGUUGCCCGAAAGCAAGGCGUGUGGGAUGUCUGCCGGACAGCCAGCCGCUUCUGCCUCCUGUACGACAGCGUCAAGGUGAAGAAGAUGGCGCGGGCAAAGAAAGGUAGGCGCAAACCGCCCCGCCAGGCCCGGGAAGAGGCCGGGGCUGGUCCUGCAGAUCACAUCCAGCUCCAGAGGCCGGGGUCCCCCAGCCUGCUGCGGCAGUUCGCGGAGGUGGGGUUCAUCAGCGCCGAGGCCACGGUGCACCUGCUCCAGGCAGAGGGCGUGGAGCUCAAUGACCACCCCAAGCCCACCGAGAACUUGAGCCAGCACCCCAUGGGCUACGUGGCCGAGUCCCCCGAAGAAAACUCGGAGUGGAACACGUACAGGAGCUGGAUCGAGGGCCUGUCGCAGUACGCCAUGAACUGCUGGCUGCGGUCCGCGGAGAUCGGACAGGAGAUCCAGGAAGCCUGGGUCGUGCACAACGCGAUGGUGUACGUGCUGAACCACAACUACCACCUCAUCAUGGCCGGCCGGCAGAAGGAGCUGGUGGACGCCUUGGACCACCUCCUGACCAUCGUCAAGGUCGUCGGCCACAACGGCGACCCCACCACGCUGGCAAUGCUCUGCAACGCUUUGGCUCGAGGCCUAAUUAUCAGCUGGAUCCCAACCCAGGUGCCGGAAAAAUCUAGAAAGGUCAUUCGACCAAACCCGAUGCACACACCGCUGGACCAGGGAGCCAUCUCUGAAAUCAAGACGGCGGUGGAGGUGUGCGAGUUUGCCCUGAACCUGACCAACGGGACGGUGCCCGAGGAGGUGGUGCCCAUCGAGGCCCGGCAGCAGCUCAUCGCCGCCUGGGUGAAGGCCAAGCAGCUGCUGCAGCAGCAGAUCGGGACGAAGCUGGGCCCGGAGGAGGGCACCAACGAGGACAUCAACUCCGUGACCAGAAUCCUGGUCGCCCUGGAGAUGUAUUCCUGCAACGGGCUGGGCCUCAUGGACUUCACCGUGACCCCCCUGUCUCAGCUGCUGAAGAUGGUCUCCGAGUGCAACUGGACGGACCCCCUGGUCCAGCUGCAGACGCUGGCCCGCCUGAGCCACUUUGCCUACACAGCCCACGACCACGAGGUCACCAUGGCGUGCACACAGAAGGUCAUCCAGAUGGGCGUUAAGUACCUGAGGAUGUCCAGUCCGACCCAGGCGCAGCUGAUGGCAGAAAUGCUGAGCACCAGCGCCUGCAUCCGGGGCCGGAGCAUCAUGGAGAACCUGAAGGGGCGGAAGCAGCUGCGCCUGGCAGCCAGCAAGGCCUUCGCGGAGAGCGUGAGGUUCGCGGGCACCGCGCAGAACAGCGCCCUGGCGAUGCUGGCCGCACGGCACUACUGGAACACCCAGCUCCCGCUCCUGACCUCCGCGGCCAACAGGAAGAAGGCCAGGCACACCAUCCAGGGCAUCGUCAACAUCAUCAACAAGACGGAGGCCAAAAGCCAGGAGAGACAGGAAGUACAGCUCCUGCACCAGUGGCCGACGGCGGACCUGCAGAGCGGAGGCACCUCCCAGGGCUCCUUCCUCCCAGAGGCCGAUGAUGACCUGUCCCUGCGGGCCGCGCUCUACGGGCUGCUGUUCCACUGCUACGCCGACAACGAGGACUGGGAGGGCGGCCUGAAGGUGCUGGACGAGGCCGUGCAGAUGCUGCCGCGGACGGCACACCGCCUCUUGAUAUUCAAGCACAUGGUCAUCGUGAAGGCCAAACUCGGCCAGAACUUUACCAUGGAAAUCCAGAAGUUUAAAGACGAGAGCGAGGAUUAUCUGGCUCACAUGUGGCACCGCCUGGCUUUGAACUCCAAGAACCUCUACGGGGAGCUGACCUGCUACCAGAAUGCAAUCCAGGCCUUGCAGAAGCCGGAGAGCGCGUGGCACAAAGUGGACCUCAUCAUGGAGUUCAGCGAGUGGCUGUACUACCAGCAGUUCCCCAUCGAGGACGUGAUCUUCCACCUGAACUGGGCCACCGACAUCCUGCUGGGCAUGAAGCCUGCCCGGGACACACCUGAGCCUGCAGGAGAGACUUCGUUCGUGCAGAUGCCCCCGGAGAGGCUGGAGUCUGAGAACGUGGGGAUGGUUUCCAUGGAGAAGCUGCAGAACGUGAGGCAGCUGGAGGCGCUGGCCCGCGCCCACAUCCUGCUGGCCCUGACGGCCACCCCGAGUGCCGCCGCCUACCAGGACUACUGCCUCAUGGCCUACGCCUUCCUCCGGCACAUCUGGCAGAUUUCUUUGUUAGCAGCAAAAAAGUCAUUCUCAGAAAAUAAAGUCCCCGCAACAGCCAGUUCCAAUUUGUUGCUGUCUAAGAAGGAGAGGGAGAGGGCCAAGGACAGAGACAGAGAGAAGAGCAAAGACGGCAGGCAGGGCCAAACCCCGCUCUCCGGCAAAGAGGUGGAAGAGCCCCCCGCGAGCGUGGAGGCCUGGGCCGCCUACGUGUGCCCGGAGGAGGUGGUAGCCUUCUUCAGACAGGACCGGAGCAGCCUCACCGUGAACACGGCCAGCAUCCAGAGGCCGACGUACACCCUGUAUUUCCUGGACCGUCUGGCCGAGGCCCUGCAGAAGGCGUUCCUCCACGAGCUCACCCUCCCGGUGCUGCAGCUGGGCGUCCUGAUCUGCGCCUGCGUGGUGGACAGCAAGAGCCUCAAAGACCUCUACCACCUCCGGCUCGCCCUGGUCUGCUCCGAGCUGAAGCUAAGAGAAGCAGCUGCCCUCCACGAGGACGCGGUGGGGCAGGCCUACUUCGGGGACGCGGAGCAGUCCAGCUGCAGGAAGGAGCUCGCCCUGCGGAAGGAGAAGACCCGGGAGCCGCUGCUGGAAGGAAGCCAGCAGGCGGUGCCCGCGCCCGCCACGCCGCCAGGGGAGGUGCGGCCCCUUGUGGCCAAGGACCAGAUCCUGAAGAUAAACAUGGAGACUGGGCGAGGCCUAGAAGGCACGUCCUUCCCCCUCCUGUGGACCCUCAAGGCGGAAGUGCUGCUGGACCUGGAGCUGUACCAGCCGGCGCGGCUGCUGCUGUCCGAGGCGCAGCAGGCCUUCCAGGACCUUAAGGAUCCCUGCGCAGAAGCCCAGUGCCUGCAGCUGCUGGCACAGCUGGCCAACAAGGAGAAGAACUACGGCCAGGCGCGGAGGAUGGUAGAGCGUGCGCAGCGCCUGGGCGGUGGCGAGGAGUUCUGGUACCAGUCCACGCUGACGCUGGCGGACACGAUCCUGUCCGUGGAAAAGGAAGGGAAGGAAGUGGCGGCCUGCCAGCAGUUCCAGAAGCUCAUCGAGGUCUUCAAGGUGCUCAAGAAACAACGGCCCAACCGCGCGCCCAUCCUGGAGUUAAUGGCCACAGACCUGGAGGCCAGGAGCGCGAAGCUCCGGAUCCGAGUGGCCCGGGAGUCGAUGGACGGCGAGUCUUCCCAACUGCCGUUUCCGCUGAGCGAGCUGUACGAUCAGUUGUUGGACAUUGAGAGAAAGUUUGUCAGCUGUGGCCACAAAGAGAACUGUGUGGACAUAAUGCUGGAGCGGUCGAAACUAAAGAGGCUAAGCGCCCAGCUGGAGCCGGACGAGGAGCAGAGGACCAAGUACUACCUGGAGGCCUAUGACCUGGCCCAGAGCGCCGUGGCCCAGGAGGAGGAGCUGCUGCACAGCGUCCAGAGCCUCCUGGCCCUCCAGGACUUACAGAACGUGACCACGCCUCUGGCCCGGAGGCUGGCGCACCUCAAGCUGAAGCUGGUGGACGUGUACCUGGACAUGUUCCAGUUCCUCUGGGAGGAGCCGCUGGAGCACGACCUGCGGCAGGACUCCAUGGAGAAGCUGCUGGCCGACUACCUGCGGAGCGUGAGCGACCUCUCCGCCACUGGCCUGAGAUGGUUCACGCUGAGGCGGACGCUGCCCCACGUCGCGCUGGCGCAGCUGGGGAGCCUGCAGCCGCUGAGCGCCAGCUGCGUGGAGAUCCGCGCGCGGCUCCUGGGCCUGGUGGGCAGGGCCCUGCGCCUGCUGGCCGUGCAGGCGGACCCCGUGCGCCACAUCUUGUACUGGGAGGAGAGCCUCCUGGUGGGAACAGAGCCCAGCACCUUCAAGCAUCUGGAGAUCACCCCGGACGAUGGGGACAGCGAGGAGCAUGGCAGCAGCCAGCCAGCCUUCAUGCCGGCCCCUGAGGAGCGGAGCAGGAAAAGCUCGGAGCUGAAGCGGAGGAAGGCGCUGGCCCAGCAGUACCUGGCCCAGGCCACCGAGGUGCUGCUGCAGUGCCUGCAGGUCGCCCUGGGCAACAGCCUCCUGGAGGAAGCGGCGGCCGCCAGCCUGGAGAUGGUGGAGUGCAUCGGCACCCUGGACCCCACGGCCACCUGCCAGUUCCUGAUGCUGUCCCAGAGCUGCUCAGUCUCGGACAUGAUGCGGGACGUCCUGCUCACGGCCACGGCCAACACCAGCAGCUCGCAGCUGGCGGCCCUGCUGCACCUCGAGAACAGGCUGAAGCGCCAGGAGCGGACCUCCACCAGCCAGUUUGCCAGCGUGGAGCAGAGGCUGGCUGCCAUUUCCAAGGCUUGGCAGAAUCUCUCGGUCACGGAACAACAUUUUAACCACUUAAAUGAGAUUCCUUCCACUUUUCGGGUUGUGUCUCUGCACCACUCACCGGACAGGACCCUUCUGUAUGGUGCUGCCUACGAGAAACCCAAGUUCAUCCCCAUGACCAAAGGGAAGUUGGUCCAAGUCGGGGACGCCUGCAAGGUGGCGAGGGUGGCAGUGAACCCGGCCACCUUAUCCGGCCUGGUGGCCAGCACCCAAAAGUUCCGGGAGCAGAGCCAGGUUGAGGUGUGCAACAAGGACAGAGCCCUGGUCCUCGGCCUGAAAUCACAAGACUCGAAACAGGAGAGGCAGAGGUUUCCUUUCCUGAGAAUCGGCGACAUCGUGCAGGCCACGGAGGACUACCUGCGCCCACUGCUCCUGCUGCUCCGCUGCCCCGAGCCCAGAAUGCACGUUUCGCCGACCAUGGGGGACCUGGGGAAAGCGAAGGGCAAAGACAAGGACCGGAAGCAGUCCGCGGUCCCAGGUGAGUCGGAGGCGGCGGACACCGUGGUCCUGCUUGUGGACAGGCCGCUGCUGGAGCUGCCCCUGGAGGGCCUGCUGACGCUCCGGGAGGGGGCCAUCAACUCCAUGUCGCGGGAGUUCUCGCUGCAGAUGCUCUACAACCGCCUCCACCAGGAGGAGCCAGACCGGACCGCGAAGAAGGGCGCCAAAGGCAAAGAGCUAAAGAGGAAAGGGCCCGGGAAGAAGAGCCGGAAGGGCAGCGCGCCCCGAGUCAUCCCUCCCGAGGCCAUCCUGAUCGACUCGGACAGCUUCCGGUACGUCGCGGACCCCUUCGAGGAGGCCCAGGGCCCGGUGGCGUGGCUGCCUAUCUCCGUAACCCGGGAGGUUCUGGAUAAAUACAAAGACUCGUACACCGCGAAAUGGGUGGGCCAUCUGGGAAAGAAGCUCUUCCCCAGCCAGGCCGACUGGGAGCAGCUGCUGGGCCGCUGCGAGGGCUUCUUCUUCUACGGGAUGGAGAACUUCCUGUCGCACCUGUCGGUGGAGAGGCUGGCCGCCAUGAGCUUGGAAGACUGCCGUCUGGUGGUGCUGCUGGACCGGAGCCGGUCCUACGAGAGCAUGCGGCGGACGCUGGAGGCCUCGGAGCACAAGAGUGUCCCCCAGCUGGCCUUGGAGGAGCCCAUCGAGACGGCCAUCCUGCUCAGCCUGGCGGGGGUCAAGAGCAUCCUGGCGAACCAGUGGCCAACGGCGCUGCAGGACAACACGCUGAGGGCCAACGUCCUGUGGGAAAACCUGCUGGCAUACGGCAAGACAACCGGGAGAGCGGCCCGCAUCCUGCAGAGGAUGGAAGCUGGGGACCUGGUCCACGACGAGUCUCCACAGACCCCCAAGAACAGGCUGGCGUUCCGACCACCGCUGCAUGGCUCCGAGUGGCCCUCCGUCAGCCUCAACCUGGUCCUGUAUGGGCUGCCCAACCAGGCCAUCGUGUGAUCCCCGUCCCAGCCGCCCUGCCCCUGCACACCCCGUCCGGGCCCUCCUGCAGGGACCUCCCCCUGGUCCGAGCCCUCCCCUUCGGCCCUGGUGCCACCUGCCGCCGCCUCCUCCCGGG